AAGCUGCUCUCUGACAUCCGCUCUCUUACCCCAGAGAAGGUAGGCCCUGGUACCGUUUUCAUUCAAAGCAAACUCCCCUAAAACAAAACAGCAAUCAUGAGCAGAAAGUUCUUCGUCGGUGGAAACUGGAAGCUGAAUGGAGACAAGAAGAGUCUCGGGGAGCUGGCGCAGACCAUGAACGCAGCCAAGGUGGACCCCAAUGUCGAGGUGGUGUGCGGUGCUCCUACAAUCUACCUGGACUUCGCCAGGACUAAGCUGGACGCCAAGUUCGGCGUUGCUGCUCAGAACUGCUACAAAGUCGCCAAGGGUGCCUUCACUGGGGAGACCAGCCCUGCGAUGAUCAAGGACUGCGGAGUGAACUGGGUGAUCCUGGGACACUCUGAGAGGCGCCACGUCUUCGGAGAGAGUGAUGAGCUCAUCGGUCAGAAGACAGCCCACGCUCUGGAGAGUGGUCUCGGUGUCAUCGCCUGCAUCGGCGAGAAGCUGGACGAGAGGGAGGGCGGCAUCACCGAGAAGGUCGUCUUUGCUCAGACCAAGUUCAUCGCAGACAAUGUAAAGGACUGGAGCAAAGUCGUGCUCGCUUAUGAGCCUGUGUGGGCCAUUGGCACCGGCAAGACUGCUUCCCCACAGCAGGCUCAGGAAGUUCAUGAGAAGCUGAGGGGGUGGAUGAAGACCAACGUGUCUGAGGCUGUAGCCAACUCCGUGAGGAUCAUCUAUGGAGGCUCUGUGACCGGUGCUACCUGCAAAGAACUUGCCUCCCAGAAGGAUGUUGACGGUUUCCUCGUCGGCGGAGCCUCACUCAAGCCAGAGUUUGUCGAAAUCAUCAACGCCAAGGUAUAAAAACCCGGGCGGCUGCGAUGUGACCACGUCCAGAUCAGAGGCCAGCUCCAUUCAGACGAUCCAGUUCCAUCAUCCUUCACUCUCAGCACUUAGUCCUGUUCCCCUUUUUAUUCAAACGUAUUUGUGUAAUAAUGUCAUUCCCUCCUUUUCCUUUGUAUUUUUUUUCAUCAUGAAGAAAAGGGACAGGUUGACACAUGCACUGUACCGCACUGAAAAGUCCACUGAGAACGGCCUGUGUGCAUACUAACUUCCACACCAAGUGCUCAAGCUAUAAAGACAGGCAGUCACACCUUGAGGUGGACGGCCAGUCCACGCCUUUACUUGAAAAGUUUACCAACUUCUUUUGUGUAAACAGUGUCACAGCUCUUUGUCAAUCCGAUGUAUUUGUCUUUUUAAUACCGACGUUUCUUCUGUGCAAUUAUGAUGUUCUGUGGCUUUUCCCUCCCUGUAGACGUGCAUGAGGAUCCGCUCUCUCUCGUUGGCGGUUUAGCCAAGAUGGAAGCGUCCAUUACAUGUUAAUCAUAUUGUAUCAUGGCCGAUGGGUAUAAGGGUGGGAAGGCUGUAAGGAAACAUUAUAAUAAACCGUUUAGAGACUG